AUGACGAAGAUCCAUUAUACCAAGAAUCCCGAUAACAGCACGAAGUCGUGCAAAGCCCGUGGGUCCGAUCUCCGUGUUCACUUCAAGAACACCCAUGAGGCAGCGAUGGCUCUCCGUAACAUGCCCUUGAGACGUGCUCAACGUUUUCUCGAGAAUGUGAAAGAACAAAAGGAAAUCGUUCCUUUCCUUCGUUACAACGGAGGAGUUGGUCGUAAGGCUCAGUGCAAACAGUGGAACACAACUCAAGGUCGUUGGCCCAAGAAAUCGGCUGAGUUCCUGCUGGAUCUGCUUAAAAAUGCUGAGAGCAAUGCCGAAUACAAAGGUCUGGAUGUUGACCAUCUCGUUGUUGACCACAUCGUUGUUCAGCGCGCAGCCAAAAUGCGUCGACGAACUUACCGUGCUCAUGGACGUAUCAACCCUUACAUGUCGUCACCCUGCCACAUUGAAGUGAUUCUCACUGAAAAGGAAGAUGUUGUUGCUAAGCCGUCAGACGACAUCCCAAGAGCUAAGAAGGAGUCGAAGAGGAAGCAGAGACGCCAGUUGGCUCGUGGAGACUAUUAA